AUGACGGGAAGACGCGGAAAUCAACAAACUCCGGCUCGUCGUGGUGCACAACAACGUCAAGGUCUAGGAGACGGUCCACCUUCACAAAUUCGCGGAAGAGGAAAUCGAAUAUGGCGAGGAGGUGGUCAAACCCGUGGGAAUACGCAAGUACACAACAAUCAUACUGGAGGAUCUGCGACAUCUUCAAUUCCAAAGAGUAUUUCCUCAACAAAUCCCUCAUGGCCACGAGCUAGUGGUGGUAAUAUUUCCUUGACUCGGGGUGGUGCAAAUAAUGUUCGUAGACCAUAUAAUAUGACUUGGAGGGGAAACGCUGGUAGUCGUGGAAGAAGAGAGCGAGACAUACUUGCACAAGACGAAGAAAUGCUUGCACAAGACGAAGAAAUGCAACUAUAUGAGGAUGCUGAAAUGAAAGAUUCUUCUGCAAAUGAACACAGUCAAAAAACCAACGGAACAAAAUCUGGUGCGAAUAUGACGAGGUCUAAAGACGUAGUUCACAAUAAAUUAUUUGGAGAAGGUGAUACAGGCGAAGUAACGAAUUUGGGAAAAUCACCAGAUCCGAAUGUUCCUGAAAGUGAUGUGGUUAUGGAGUUUUUGGAGAAAUUUCAUAGGGAAUAUAAUCAUACAUGUGCACGUUGUCGGGCUGCUGAUUUUUUCUACACAGAUCCACUUCCACUUCAAUUAGAUCGUAAAAUUAUAUUUGAAAAAAGCGCAAAAAACCAAGCAGAUAGACCGAUGGAGUAUUUAAAUAACAAUAAUAAUCAGCAAACGCCUCAAGCAAUGCCGCAUUUCUUUGGCCAUAUAGAAAAGUCUAAAGAAACGACGAUAACAUUUGGACUGAUUCCACCACCAAAUGUUGCGGUUUUACAAGAUACCCCAAAUGAUUUUCAUAGUAAAAUACCAUCGACAUUUUUUGAUGAUUUACCAAACUCGCAGACACCCAAACUUCCAACACCACGUUCUUUAUUUAAUUUUCCACCACCAUUACUACCACAAAUCUCUGGAACACCACAAGAAAAUCUCUUGGUAAUUCCAUCACCCUCCGGAAGACCACAAGAAAAACCCGAAAAAGCUUUAAGUUUUGAACUCGAUGAAGGAAAAGGAAAAAGGUGUUUACCGAUUGAUUCUGAGUCUGAGAGUAAAAAGAAAAGAUGUCUAUCACCGGAAUCAGUUGAUGGAAAUGUCAAAAGUAAAAAGAAAUUGUCUGAAGAUUUGGACUCGAAAGAAGAAGAAAAAACCAGAGGAAAAGAAAAGGUUGCAACGGUUGCUUCAGCAAAGUUGACUCCGUCAAAAAAGAAAGAAGUGAAAAAGAUACAAAUCAAACUGAAAAAACGGAGUCGCCCAUGGCAAGAGAUUAAAGUUGAUCACGAUUGGCAUAACAGCAACUUCAAAUUACGGUAUUUACUUUUCGCCUGCUACUAUCAGAUUUUCAUGUUUUCAAUUUCGCGUUAA